UUUUGUAUUUUGUAUUUAAUAUGCAUCAAAAACAGGAUCACAGUCCUUCCUCCUUGUAAAUGUUUGGGCCAGUGUUUGUGACUCAUAUGGAAAUCCGUUUCUUAGUUGUCUUGUUUUUAUAACAACUACCAACUGGAGCAUCGAUAGCAUGGGCUCUGAGUGAAACAAUCUAGAUUCAGUUUCCAUUUCUUGCUGAAUGGAUGUCUAGGAAAGUCAUUUAGCUUUUGGGGCAUCAGUUUCCUCAUGUGCAAAAUGUAGAUAAUUAACCUAUCUAAUUGGGUUAUAUUGAGGAUUAGCAAUAAUGUAGGUAGUUUACCUGACAAGCUUUUGUUUUCACAUAUUGGCAACAAACUUUUUUAAAAAGCUUUGUUAAAUAUGUUCAUGCUUUACUCAUUUCUAUAUUCAGGACUCUUAAUUUACCAAGAGUUUUAUUUCUGUUUUUUAAAAUGGGGUUGUAAGUAUAUUAGCAGUGUAACUUGGGUCUCGAGAUAGUUUAGGGAACAAUUCCUAAAUAAAAAUUUUAGUUCUGUUCUAUGUACAUUUAUAUUGGUACCACACCAGACACAAACACCAUUUAUAGCCGUCUUGAAGUAUUCUUUUUGAGUGUUUUCCUCUAGAAUUAAAAGGGAAGGAAAGACCCCUGAACGAGAUUUAUGUCAAAGAAUCAGAAUUCAACGUCAAUCUGUAUGUACAGGAAGUUUCUGAGCUUUUAAAACCCAGUCGCGUGAGGGAGUAAUUAACCAGCAUUUGGGGCGGGGGUGGGUAGUGCCUUUGGAGAGCUCAUCGCUGUACACAGCCUCCUCCUCAUUCCAGCGCUGAGAAAGGAAAAAACGCUGGGCAGCGAGCAUUGAACACGAGACAGGCGUUUCUCCCCAAGCGCCACGUGGCGCUCGCCGGAGCCCCAGGUCCACCGCCCUAUCGUCGGGCUGUCGGCCGCUGUCCCUUCGGAGGGAUUUCGCGGCGGGGCCCUCGGCCUCAGGAAGCCUGAAAUCUUCGGGUCUCUGCCGGCAGACCCGGGGAUCCGGCCCCGAACCCAAGCGGGGCAGAGCGCCCAGGUGACGCGCUGUUCCAGCUUCCACUCGAGGGACGCCCAGCAGGUCCCCGGAACUUUCCCCCGGAGACAGGUCCCGGCAACAGGUCCGAGGUGGGGUCGGGUGGAGCAGAUCCUGGCGGCAGCCGGUAAACCGGGGCUGCUGACCACCAGCCACUCAGGGCUCGCUGGCCUGGGGAAAGGUGAUGUCAUCGUAGCUGGGAGGUGUCGGAAGGGUCCACCAAUGGGAGACAGGCAAAGUGGCUUGCUUUCUGUAGCUCUUGGCCAAUACUAAGAAAGCAAAAGGGGGCCGGUUGUCGGUAUAGAACCAAUGGAAAACAGGGAAGGAGCACGAGGCGGAGUUGCGAAUCCUGUCACCAAUUGGAAAGAGGGGGUGGAGCCAGGGCCUUGUCAAGCGUGACCAACCAGCGAGAGGAGUGGACCCUGGGGGGCGGGGCCGUGAUGCCUUCCCCCAAUCGGACAGGGCCAGGGGCGGGGCAUUCUUUGGGGUGCCCAAUGAGGUACGCAGCCGAAGAGGGCCUGUCAAGAGAAGGGGCUGGGGGCGGGGGGACUGUGAGUCGGGGAUAAACACUCCGCGGCGGUGGCGGCUGCUGCUCUUCUCCGGGUUCUGUCACGGUGUCUGUGGUGCCCAGCUCACCGGUUCCCUCCCCCUUCCGGCGAGCGUGGUCGCCAGAGAGGCUCUCUCAGCCCUGCUCUGCGGGGUCCACAGCGGGGCGUGGGUGUCCGGCAGCGGCGGCGAGCCCGUGGUCAGUGGGGGUUGGUCCCGUGGCUCCGGCCCCCGGUGCAGAAUGGCGGCGGCGGUUCGGAUGAACAUCCAGAUGCUGCUGGAGGCGGCCGACUACCUGGAGCGGCGGGAGAGAGAAGCUGAACAUGGUUAUGCCUCCAUGUUACCCUACAAUAACAAGGACAGAGAUGCCUUAAAACGGAGGAGCAAAUCCAAGAAGAAUAACAGCAGUAGCAGAUCGACUCACAAUGAAAUGGAGAAGAAUAGACGCGCCCACCUUCGCUUGUGCCUGGAAAAGUUGAAGGGACUGGUGCCACUUGGUCCGGAAUCAAAUCGACACACUACGUUGAGUUUGUUAACAAAAGCCAAAUUGCACAUAAAGAAACUUGAAGACUGUGACAGAAAAGCCAUUCACCAAAUAGACCAGCUCCAGCGAGAGCAGCGGCACCUGAAGAGGCAGCUGGAGAAGCUGGGCAUCGAGAGGAUACGGAUGGACAGCACCGGCUCCACCGUCUCCUCGGAGCGCUCCGACUCCGACAGGGAAGAGAUCGACGUGGACGUCGAAAGCACAGACUAUCUCACGGGCGAGCUGGACUGGAGCAGCAGCAGCGUGAGCGACUCGGACGAGCGGGCAAGCAUGCGGAGCCUGGGCAGUGACGAGGGCUACUCCAGCUCCAGCAUCAAGAGAAUAAAGCUCCAGGACAGUCACAAGACGCGUGUUGGUCUCUAGGAGAGCGUGGUCGCCUCGGCUGCCUCCCGGAUGGUCCUCCCCGUCGGCUCUGAUUAGGUAGCGUAUCGGACCUGCCCACAAUUCCCUGGCACGUCAGCUUCCGUGUACCACCGUCACCAAGAGCAGCUGUGUAAAAGUUGUCAAGGAAGUGCUUAGGAUUGUGGGUUUCCUUUUUUUUUUUUUCCUUUUUCUUUUCUUUCUUUCUUUUUUUUUUUUUUAAUCCCCAACCCCCAUCUCGAGUGGGGUUGAGCUGGUCCCCACGCCUGCUGGCGUAGGGUAGGCACACGCUGAGCCAGUCCGCGCAGCCGGACACCUAAGGGCAUCGCAGACCCGGUAUUGCUCAGUCUGGGGUAGCUGAUCGCCACUCGUCCCUCCAAGAAGUUGGGGGACGCCGACCAGGAUUGUGGGUUUCUGAUUGCAUCCUUUAGCUUCUCUCUUUCUUUCCAUAAAAAUUCGUCUCUGAGAGACUGUACAUUCCAAUCAAUUUGAAACACCCAAGAAUUCUUAGACCGAAUAAGCACCUCUCACAUCUCGGCAGUUUCCCCCUCUUAUCUACAGUCCCCGUGUAGCCUACCAGACCUUCCUUAAAGUUUUCUGGCUUCCUAUGUGACUUGCGUAGCAGAAGUGUCGGAAUGUGUCUUGUGCUUAGGAAACUGAAGGAAACAAAACGUUUAAAGUUGAGAUCCUGACCUCAGAACUCCAAAGUAAGCUUUGAAAGUGGCAUUUAAGAGCACUUACCCAUGGCCCUCACUGCCCGUGAGGGGUCAGGAAUACCUCCAGAAAACACCCCCUCCACACACGCAGCGCUGAUGCCCCUGACCCACGGGUGGAGGGGAGCAGUACUUCUCACUUCCAAAUGGACACCUUGCGAGCAUGUCUUUGGGGUGGCACAGCUUGUAAAAGUUCCACCGUUGUUUGUUCUCAUGAACAGAACGGCACAGUCUGUUUUUGUGUGCUGGCCUUGGGACCGUGCUGUGUCCUGCUCUCCCAAGGCGCACGGCCCCCCAAGUGGGUUAUGCCACUUGUCUCUGGAACAUUUUUUUUUCCUACCUCAGAGAUAGAUGAGAUCUCCAUUUCCCACUUAACACAAACUGAUUAUGCCUCUUUUUUUGUUUUUUUGGGUUGCUUUUUUUCCGAAUAGGUGACAUUUGGUCCAAUUCUAAUCUAUUUUCCUACUUAACUUUCAGCAAUAACUGAGCUUUGGCGCUAGCUGAGCUAGUGUCCAUCAUCAGUGAAAGGAAAAAUCCACAUUUCUACUCUCUAUUGCAGGUGAACAGGAGGGGAUGGUACAGUGUUACUAGAAUUCCUCUCCUUUUGAUUACUUUUGGACACACCUGGAAACUUCUUUAUGGAGGCUUUCAGGUUAAUAGUUUAAAAGGCUGAUUUUUCUUUUUGGUUAUGAUUUCUCCCUUAAGUGGUCUCCCACUUUGUAGCAUUUUUAUUUAAGCUAAAACAGAGCACAUGUAUAUGUACAUAAGACACAUUAAAUCUAUAAAUACUAUUUAUUCAUUUUAUAUAAACUAAUGUAAUGGAAAAUAAAUUCUUAUGACUUUGUGCUUUUAUAGAUGUUCUAGAAACUUUGUAUGUAGGUAUCUACAAAAUUGGUUCAUGUCCCCUUAAUAUUUUUGCAUUCAUAUUUUUGAGGUCUCGAUGUUUUCAGCCUCUGGCGAAUCUUUUUCAUUGAAUUUGAACCAUUUGUAAAACCCGUGACGCUGAAACAGAGUGUGUGUCACAAAGUGAUGAGAACAUUCCUAAAAUCCACAGCCGCACUGCAACCUAAGGGCUCACUGGCAGAACCAGUAGUGGCGGCACCUGUGCCCCCCCACCCACUGGCCUGCAGUCUCCCCCGCCACAGCCUCACCUCCUCAGCGCCUCUUCCUUGCCCACAACUAAAAGUUCAAAUGCACUCCACAGGGAAGCUCAUUCUAGAUGUGAAGAGCAGUCUAAACCAAGAUUACUUUUGUGUUUAUUUUUUCUUUUUAUUGAUUUCUUAAUGUAUUAAAAUUUUAUUUAAUUGGAAAUAGUGAUUCCUAAAUGAUUCCAAAGUCAUCUGUAAUUCUAUUUUUGUUUUGUUCUGUUUUCCUCUUCAUUUCUGCUUUGGGUGGGGGGAAGGGCAGGAGACACAAAGGAUUUUUUUUUUUUAUUGUUGGAAUCUUUUCCAAUUACCAGCUGAAGAUUUGCACUGAAAUACAACUUGUAUGCCUUUUGCAUUUUUAAAGCCUGCUUCCUGAAUUUAAGCAGAGUGAUAGUGUUCAAAGAGCCAGCUCAGCCUGUAACAUGUUUGAAAAAGAUAUAUCUGCACUUUGAGGUCUCUUUCGAAUGCCAUUCGCUAGACCUCGCAAGCAUUUUAAUUGCUAUGUUCAAGCGCCUCACAAGUCCACGAUGCUGGAUGCUGUACAGCAUCGAAAACUCAAGACUUUGGGAAAAGCUUGUGGGCUUGCGUUGGGGGAGGGAAGGGAACAAAACGUGUGUAUUUGUUUGUUUUAGAAAUAAGGCAUCUGAGAGAUGCCAUUAUUUUCUGUGUUUUAAUUGUUGUGCCUUUGAGUUAAACUGCAUUUUUGUCUUUUGGUUGAAAUAUGAAAUGUACUGUCCCAAUAUAAAAUAGUAAUUAUUUGACCUUUGCACUGUUUGUCUGGUCCUUUUCAGUUUGAUGACAUAUAAAUGUGGAACUUGGUAGAUCUCUAUAUUUUUAAUGCACUUGUGAUAAACUGACACCAGGGUUAGACACGACUUUCAAAUCUCAAGGUAGACUGAGUCAGCAUGCUAGACAGGCCUCUCUCUAACCAAAACUGUAACUUUCAGGACCAGCAAACUCAGCCCCAGGCAGCUAAUCCCCUUCCCCACAUGGCUAAUCAGCUGCCCUGAUUCGCCAAUCUGUCCUGUCAUUCACUGAUCCACCAGCAUGACUGUUAAGAGCUAUACAGUCUUUUUGGUUCUGGUUUUUUUUGUUUGUUUGGUUGUUUUUCUUUUAAGCAAAAUGAAAAACCUUUCUAUUAGGGUCAUUGGGGGGAGGGGACGGGGCAAAGAUGUAAACCCCAGCCUUUAAGACUUUGACUAUUGUACGUAAAUAUAGAUGUGUGUAAAUAUAGGCACAUGCAUAUUUUUAUGUGAAAACUGGUUUUAAGAAACUAAAAAGAAGUCUACACUCUCAUUGAUACCAUUGCAAUGCAAAUGGGAAAAUAAAGAGUAUGUAGUGCCGUUUAAUUUCAUGCAGUGAGAAAAUAUAUAUGUGUGCUUCUGUUAACAUCCCAGAAAACCUAGCUUUCCAUGCCUGUUGGCAGGCACCCAGGGUAUUUUUGUUUUCUUUUGCUAAGCAGAGAUCUGGAAUUCAAGGUGCUGAUGGUGACUGUGGCUCCUUUCUCUAGUCACAGAUCUAAUGCUAGUGAUUCAAAGAGCGUCACCUUUUUGAGCAGGACCUAGACUUUUCUUCUUGUCAACCCAAGACUAAAAUAAUUUCCGUGUCGAUUCAGACUUGAGCACUAAGAAGGCCCUGACCCUGCAAUCAGCUGCUUGAAUGGUUUGAGGGGUUUUUUUAAGGUGGGCAUUCCCCUCUUUAACUUCUACUUUUUUCAAAAGAAACGAAGGGCCCUUACCUGGGUUUCCUAUGAGCCUUUCUUCUCCGUCCCUGAAGUGGCCAAAAGCAAAUCCUGGGGUGUGGAAAAAAGUGUAAACUAGGUAGGAUUGUGAUACUCAAAAUAACUGUCUAACAAUAUCUUGGGGCUUGAUAAUGGAUUUUGUGGGCUUUCUUCUUGCCUCUCCCUCAUCCUUUAAAGAGAAAACUUAUUUUUGAAAAUUAUACACAUACACAUGAUUCAGGUUUUUAUAUCAAACUGUAUUGGCAAGGAUACCACUUGCAUUGUGCUUUAUAAUCCACUUAUUCCCUUGGCUCUCACUCCUUUCUUUCUCUACUGGUUUCCCCAAGUUUCUUUGUUUUCCCCCUUUACCUGCCCUGUGUUUUGGACACCAGAAAGUCAAGGCCUGCAAGGCAAUUUCCUACAUGUCAAUCUGUUAUUUUUCUAUGUCUAACUCUUAGAUGCAGUAUGUUUAGGUAGCUGGCUACUCCUGAUUUUUAAAAUCCUUCCUGGGAGAAGACGACCCAAAGACCUUUGAGAUGAGGUGGAUUUUCUCAUUCUACACUAUCAGAUCGCUGUAGACUGUGGGAUGUUUUGUUUUUGUAAAUACCUGGGGCUGGAGGUGGGGGUGCGCUAUGUGAUUUAUCAUGAUUUUUUUCAUUAGUAUUUAUUACAUGGAUGAUUUUCUUACCCUGUAUUCUUCGAAAGAAGAAACAAUGGCCUGGCACUGUUAGAGUCAGCUAUUGAAUGGCUGAAGAAAUCGAGUAUCUUUGUCUUCUCUCAAAAUCAUAAAAUGAGAAUUAGUAAAGCACUAAAUUCUAAGAUUUGCCCAGAUUUGAAAUUUUGAUUUCUUAUUCUGUCUGGGGGAGUAUGGAGAAUUGAGAGGGCUUUCUUCAUUUUAGCUUUUACCAGAGAACCAAGCUUGCCUUGACCCCUUGUCCUUAGAAUUGGUGCUCUGGGAAUGUUGCCGUCAGCCAUCGGCGUUGGGGGCCACCUUCCUCACGGUGAACACAGCCUAAACAGGGAGCAGCAGGUGAGAGGGUAUGAAAUUGUGUUUCCAGAUGUUUAUUUCUUUAUGUAAAUACGAUGCCAAUGUAAAUCCUGUGUCAAGACAUAGAGAAUGGUGCUUUUUACUACAGUUAGUACAUGCAUUUUGAGAACUACUCCAUGUUUUAGAGAAUCUUUGCUGUGUAUACGUAAACUUCUGUAUUGUUCAGCUGUUAACAAAUAAUAAAUUAUUUCAUUAUUA